CGGGCGGAAUCACGGACGUCGCUUUUGCACCAAAGUUUGUUUUGCGCAAGAAUAGCUGCAUUUUGAGAACGCCAGGCUCGCCUGCGGAAAACCUGUCUCUGAGCCAGCACAUCAUCAGGCUUCACCAGGCUUCACUACGUACCUUACCGAUCUUGACCUCGGAUAUCACAGCACCGAUGUCCGAAACCGGAUCCAACGCCUCUCCGGAGUCUGGAAACAACGACGCCGCGCGCGCUGAGCUUUUGCGCAAAAUCGGUCACCGCGAGAAAGACGCAAACCCUGUCUACCAGGUUCUGGAAUCACUUCGUCGCUACCGCUUCCUGGACACCGAAGCCGAGGCAAUUGAAAGCAUAAUCCUAGCAGCGUUGAAGCCAUUGCUUGCGAUCCAUGAAGGAGUCUGCGAAGAACUGGGCAAAGCGCGAGGCGCUCGCUACACCAAGCUGUCCACGACACCUUGCGGUAGAGACGAGAGCCUUCAAUGGAAACAGCUUAUCACAAAGGUGGGACCCAAAACGAUGCCCGCGCAGUGGGAGGACAUCUUGUACAAGCUUCGCAAUGCAGCCUUCUUCGAGCUCGCCACCCACGCCGUUCCACUCUCAGAGGCCUUGAGUCAAGCUUUCGACGACCUUCGCGCGCGACCGCAAUACACGGACACCCUCCCAGAAGAUUACAAUGAGGCGAAGGGCGAGUUGAGCGACAUGACGAUGGACGUGGUCGCGGCGCACAGCCGAGCACUUGUCCAACCUUCCAUCAAGCUCGGCGCAGUGCUUCGUCAGUUACACGACCGUUUGGACAAACUCUUGUCGCGCAUGGGCUCCGUGCAGGUCGAUAUCAACGCUGCCUUGAAUGUCACCAGCGAGCGUGUGCAGAAGGAGUAUCGACAGUCAUCCAUGGAAGACCAAACGAAGCUCCUGCAGAAUCUCAUCGACGUCGCGUUGGCAGCGGAUGAUCCCAUGGUGCUGAGCAAGCCGCAAUACCAGGCCAAGUGGGCCGUGGUCAUCUACUUGCCGUUGGUUGGCUAUCUGGAAGAGAUUGAUGACAGUAUCGCCGAUGCCGAGAAACUGCAAGCGCGGAUCUCGUCCCUUCUCGACGUGGUGGUCCGCGAUGAGGAAGAUUCUGAUGACGAUGGAGACGACAUGGAGCUGAUUGGUAAAAGUGACGAUGAGAUGGGACAUGGCGAGGAGCGCGCGGCCGAAAAUCAAGAAGAUGCCCCCCGCUCCAGAAGAAAGGUCAUGCCAUUGAAAUAUGAGGAUUCCGACGGAGGAGACCCGCCCGCUGCUGGCGUACCAAAUUGGGAGUACGCUUUACCAGGUGGAGACGGCGCGGCCUUUAUGGCUCUCCACGAGCACGAUGAAGACGGAGGUGGGAACGGAACCGCAAAGCAGUACAAGCCAUCUGCCAGUCGACGCGACCUGCUCGCCUGGGCAAUGAACCUUUCGGAAGACUGGUGUGAGAGUGGCAACUUCUUCGAUUUGUGUUCGACGAUGCUUGCACUGCAGGACGAGCUUGAAAAGGGAACACUGAACAAAGGCAAGAAGGCAACUCAAGACACCAACCUGCUUGUCGCUGAGACAAGUGCUUGCUUGAACAAGAUCGAAGAGUACGUCGUCUUCACUAACAGCAGCAUCAAUGACGAGUGGGUUGAUGCGAACGUUCCCGGCCCGGAGCUUGCUGCGCUUUUGGUCAAAUUCGGCUUUCAGGAUGGUUGA